AAUGGCGGACAGCGCGAGCGAGUUGGAGAGCGAUACGAGCUCUUUAGACGGGGGAACUAUUGCUAAAACCUCGGCCCAGUCUCAGACAGAGCAGCUGAAGAAGCGUGUUGAAUCACUGCAGCAAGAAAAUCGAGUGUUAAAAGUUGAGUUGGAAACGUACAAACUAAAAUGCAAGCAACUCGCGGAGGAAAAACAGGAGCUGAAAAAAAUGAGUGUGAACAUUCAAGCUCGUGCAGAGCAAGAAGAGGAAUUUAUCAGCAACACAUUGCUGAAGAAAAUACAACUACUCAAAAAAGAAAAGGAAUCUCUAGCCAUGAACUAUGAACAGGAAGAAGAAUUUCUUACAAAUGACCUUUCCAGGAAACUUCUUCAGCUGCGUCAUGAGAAGGUAGAGUUGGAGCAGACUUUGGAGAAGGAACAAGAGUACCAGGUGAACAAACUCAUGAGGAAGAUAGAAAAGCUGGAGAGAGACACCGUAACCAAACAGGCAACACUUGAACAGUUACGUCGUGAGAAGAUUGAGCUUGAGAAUGCCCUUGAACAGGAGCAGGAAUCACUCGUCAACCGCCUGUGGAAACGUAUGGACAAACUGGAGGCUGAGAAAAGGUUGCUACAGGAGAAGCUGGAGCAGCCUGUGACCGAGCCCCCGUCUCCACGAGACAUCAAUAAUGGGGACACCGCAGAGAAUCUUUCCUCCCACAUUGAAGGACUCCGUGGGGAGGUGGCCCGCCUCCGCAGGAUGUUGCAAUCAGCACAACAUGAGCAUGAGGAGAAAAUGGCCCACUAUGCCCAGGAAGAGCGGCACAUCCGGGAAGAGAACCUACGUCUACAGCGUAAACUACAGAUGGAGAUGGAGAGAAGGGAGAGUCUGUGUAGACACCUGUCAGAGAGUGAGUCCUCACUUGAAAUGGAUGAUGAAAGGCACUUCAACGAGAUGACAAAGCAGCAUGACAUGAGCGGUAGCGCAUCUUCGUCUGGCUACGGCGGCCCCAGUUCGGGAAGCAGCCAUAUGCGGCCCCGCACUGUCUCCAGCCCCAUACCAUACAUCUCACCUAACUCGUCACGACCACUGUCUCCAGCAUCUGGGAUGCCGGCAAUAUUCAAUCCACCAAGUCCGAUGCGUCGUAACACAGGAGAGUCAAGCUGUAGCAAUAGCCGGUCUGCAUUCCACCCACCAGGAUAUGGCACUUCACCGCCUGUACACGGACAUGUACCCAUGCAGCACAGCUCUGGGCCACAGAGGCGGUCCUCAGGUGACAAGUUUGUGAGGCCAAGCAGUUACCCUAGCAUUGAAAAACAGGACAAAACCUGAUUACCUAGAUAAGGAAGGAGAAUGGAACAGCUAUCCAUGUGCUAUCUCUCCAAGUCAAGUUGGAGUCAACUACAACAGCAAACUUUACAUGUAGCAUUCUACCAUCAUUUUCUAUCCGUGCUUGAUCGUAGUUUGUGAGUCAGCUUUGAAAGUCUUAAAGGCUUCAAUGCUGCAAGUGCUCGCUUAAGUUCACUUAUUUCUGUUGUACAUUUAGUCGUUUGAACCAGAGUUAAAUAUGAGGUGGUUAUUUGUAGAAUAUAUGAUGUCCUGCUUACUCUCCCAGGAUUUAUUACACCUACCAUUGUAUUGUUUGGUGCUAUAUGUUUGUGGGGUCCCUUGUCCACAAAUUCUUCUUCUUUCUGUUGAUGAAGAAACCAUGUUCAGAUAGAAACCAGUAACUCUAUUGAAUAGUUAAAUUCCACUUUAAAAGCUGUAAGUGGAAAUGUCCUAGUAUCAUAUUUUGAUGAAUUUGCGAUAUUUUUGUGUAAAUUGAACUUAAGCCAAUAUUUAGAUUAAAAACAAGGUUGAGAUAACAAAUACAGCACCUUUUUACCAUUUCUAUGUUCCUAUGAAUUCAAAUUUUUGGGAAGUAAUGACUGAAAUCAUGGAAUGAAACUGAGCUCUGAGGCCUAAUCCAGGUCGU